AUGGGAGAAGCUCCGCUGCUAAUAGAUAAUGGGUCUUACGAAAUUAAAUUUGGAUACUCUAAUCAAGAAACGCCAUUUGUUGCAUUAAACGCUCUUGCUAAGGAUAAAUAUGAAACAUAUUAUUUGUCAAAUCAAAUAAAUAAUAUUAAAGAUAUUUCUUCUGUCAGUAUCAAGAGGCCUCAUCAAUUAGGUCAAUUGGUUUCCUGGGAAUUGGAGCACGAAAUCUGGGAUUAUUGUUUUUAUAACGGAGAUGACUUCAAAGGUUUCGAAGUAAACGAAGACUCUGAAAAUCAUUUGGUUCUUACAGAAACUCCAAUGACUUUACCUGAAUUAUCAAGAAACACUGAUCAGGUUGUGUUUGAGGAAUAUGGCUUUGAUAGUUUAUAUAAGGCACCUGCUGCAAAUUUUAUCCCAUUCAUAAAGAAUGAUGACAACUCUUUUAUUAGAUUAUCAGGCAAAAGCAAAACUUAUCUGGAUGGUAGUAAAGAAAACAAUUACCAGGAUUUUAAUCUGGUGAUAGAUUCAGGCUACAAUUGCAGCUGGAUUAUACCGAUGAUUAAAGGUGUUCCUUAUUAUAAGGCUGUUAAAAAAAUGGAUAUGGGUGGUAGAUUUUUAAAUGGUUUAUUGAAAGAAACAAUAUCGUAUAGACAUUAUGAUGUCACUGAUGAGAGUAUGUUAGUUAAUAAUAUCAAAGAAAAUUGUAUGUUUAUCAGUCCAGUAUCAUACAUAGAAAGUUUUAAGAAGAAGGCUCUAACAAAAGUUGAAUAUGUUCUUCCUGAUUUUCAAACAAGUUUUAUGGGAUAUGUAAGAGAUAUGAAGAAACAUAGCACAUUGCCGGAACAUUCACAAAGCAUAAUAUUAGAAGAUGAGCUUUUCUCUGUACCUGAAGGAUUUUUUCACCCAGAGAUGGCAAACGUAUUGAAACCUGGUAUAAUUGAAACAAUUUUAGAAAGUUUAUUUAUAUUACCGGAGUCAUUAAGAUCAUUGAUGGUCAACAAUAUAGUAUGCACUGGUGGUAAUUUUAACAUUCCAAACUUUGGCUCACGUAUUUACACAGAAUUGCAAAAACAAGUCCAAACUGAAUGGGUCUGUGAUGUGUCCAUCCCUAAAGCCAAUGCUGAAUUACAAAAUUGGAAAGCAAUGAAAAGUUUCACUGAAAACAAUGAGGAAUUAUACAAGCAUACAAGGGUAACAAAACAAGAGUAUAACGAGCAUGGGUUCGAAUGGACCACAAAACAAAGAUUUGGUUACCAAAAUUGGUUAUAA